GCUUUCCAGCUCGAUAAUGUUGGAUUAAAAUUCUAAAGUGUUUGCUUCAGAAUUAAAAAUGGCGAGCCUAGGAGAAGUUUUCUCCGAGCAGGAAAUGACAAACUGGCUCAAAGUAUGGCUGGCAAUCAAUAUAACAAAGACAGGGUUGCACGAUUUCGUUGACAGGGAAGUGCACAACUUUCAGACAAGUAUCAUACAAUCGGUGGCGUCUAAUUUAAGGCAUCCAGCGAAUACAACAUGCACAUGUUGUUUGACUGCGAAUCUUUUGAAAUGCCCAACGAACAAAGUGUGCAAUAAGAGUAAACACAACCCGGUUUGCAAGAUGCAUGACACAGUAAGCAAACAACCACGACCAUGUCCAAACGGGAUAUGCGAUGCAUUUCGUGAGGAAAUCAUCAAGGCACAUAGAUACAGUGGUCCGUCGUGGAAUAAUACAUAUGCGGAAAAAUGGGCGAGUAAUCAUUGGGAAGUAGCAAAAUGUUAUAUGCCUCCAGAUGGGUAUAUUGCAGUGAAUUCCUUCGAAGAAACCGAUUUUAACGGCGUCAUUAGUAUUAUUUUGAAUUGUAAUAUAUUUGAUCGCAUGUUGUCCUUCAGCAUAGCACCUCAACAUCCAAGUCCUUCCUGUCUGUUAACAAAGGCGCGUGACAUAGGUAAAGCUGCCCGGCAUUCUUCUGAUUGUAAAGUGACGAGCCAUGACCUUCAAGACUAUUUGUUAACAUUGAUCACUUUCCUCAUUGACUCAAAAGUCCUUGUAAAUGACCGAAUUGCACAAGAUGCAGCAAGAAAAUUAAUACAGUUACAAACAGAGAGUUUAAACAUUUCGGUGGCGGACGUGGGUCAAUUGCUGAACGACGCACGUGAGACAUUACAUAAGGCCAAACAAGUGUCUGGGGAGUCAAAGACUGAACUUGAAAAUUAUGUACAACAAUGUCUAACGAAACUAGAUAACAAAGUUCUCAAACUGAAAGAAGAAUCAGAAAAGGUCUUUAAGGAACAAAAGCAAACAUACGCAGACGACUGUAAAAGAAAAUUAAGCAAACUCAUUAAGAAUUCAGUUCAGAAAACCCACCAAUCGAUGAACGAAAACGACGUCGAACGUGACAUCGAAGAAUUUCGCCGACGGUUGGUACAGUAUUACAUAAAAAAUAUGGCGCACAUAUCUGUAUCACCACUGCUGCCGAGUCAUGUAAAGUCGUUGAUGGAAAUAUAUGCUUCACCCAAAAUUGUCCGAAUUCAGGAGGAACAGGAUGGAACGAGAAAGAAAACGGAGCAGCUGUAUACGUAUAAAGAAUUUUUUCACUCGGUCGAGGCGACUGGGAAGUACAUAUUUUUACAAGGUGAGCCUGGGAUAGGAAAAUCAUCAUUCGCUACCAAACUUGUGUUUGAUUGGUGCAAGUAUACUUGCAAUACGGCACCACAGAAUACUGAAGAGAAUUGUACGUUUAACGAUACAGAAUCACUGCGUGAGUUUAAGUUUGUCUUUCACAUUGCAUUACGAGAGUCGAGAAAGGAACGCAAAGUGGUGAAGAUGAUUAAAAAACAAAUCAUUGAAUCGUUAUACGAUGAUGACGACGACGUUAGGAAUGUUUACAAGCUUUUGCUAACAAUAAUGGCUAAAGAACCGUGCCUUGUGGUUGAAGAUGGUCUGGACGAAUGGUCUGAUCCCGACGGGAAACGUCCGUUUCCUGUUUUAGCGGCCCCGUGUAUGGUGGUUAUCACUACACGACCAUGGAAAAUGUCUGACGAACUAUUAAAAACAUCCCAUGUAGAUUGUCUGCUGGAAAUAGAAGGGAUUAUUGACCCAUUUCUGCUAAGUAAAUCUGUACUGAAAUGCAUCAUUGAUGAAAAGCUAGAUAUAGAUAUAGAAUUUCAAAAAUUUAAGGUCUAUAUUUAUGAAAAGAAACUAACCGAUUUCUUAGCAACACCCUUGCUUCUUACACUAAUUGUUUGUCUUUGGGUGGACAAAAUAUUUCUUACGGGAUCAGUAUGUGAAAUAUACAGCCUCCUACUGGACUGUCUUUUUAAAAAGACCAACACAGACAUCGCAUAUUUUCCAAACUCUCCAUUUACGUGUUUCAAUAACACAAAAUACCUUAAACUUAAUAUCGGGUAUAUCGAAUCUUUAUCAAAAGCAGCCUUUCAUUUAUUGUUUACGGUCGGAAAGGAACAUCAAUUAGUAUUUAAUGACAAAGAGCUGUCAAAGUAUUUGACAGAGUUAGAAAAAGGGUGUGCACUUAGGACCGGUAUUUUGACAAAUAGAAAGCUGUCAACUCUUUCUUAUAGACCGUCCACAUGUUCUUUCAUCAACAAAAGUGUUCAGGAAUUUCUUGCUGCGUUCCAUAUCGCCAGUAAUGUAGAACUCAUUGACAGUUACCUACUAAAACAAUUCAGUGAGAUCCCAUUAGAAUGGCUGGGCAUUGGUCAAGUUUUUAAAUUUGUAUGUGGACUCAGCAUUACCGCUGCAAAUAGACUUUCUCAUGCAUUACACAUUUAUGCUAGCACGAAAGAUUGUUCCUUGGUAAAAUAUAAUCGACGCAGUCUUCAAGAUCUUGUGAUAACAGGUUAUAAAGAGGCAAAGGCCAACAAUUUUCCUGAUGAAGAUAUACAUCUUCGAUUGGAUAAUUUUUAUUUUGAUGCCGAACCUUACACAGAAACCUUAAAAUGUAUUAUUUUGAUUAAUAUGACAAACGUCCAAUCUGUGGUAUUUGAAUCAAUGUCCUUUUCGGAAUUAUUUCAAACCAUUUUGACAUCAUGUUCUAGUUGUAAGACACUUUCUCCAAACACAUUAAGUGAUCGUCAUUUAAAGCAAGAAAUAACAUUAGGUUGCACAUGCAAGGGAGUUCACUUUUCUGCGUUCCACAGUCUUACUCACAUUGUUAUAGAUACACCUGUGACAUUGUUACCAAAUGCAUUAGUUGGACUUCCUAACCUUGAGAAAAUUAGGAUAGGUUGCAAAUGUGAUGGACUAGACUUAUCCGCGUGUAAGAGGCUUAGAAAUAUUAAAGGUACCUAUUUGGCAGUUGAAAGUGGUGAAUAUUUAGAAUUGGAACCUAAUGAAUAUUUGACAGUAUUACCAGAUGCAGUAAACAGCUUACAUGAGCUGGAGAAACUAACAUUAUAUUGCCGUUGUAAUAGUCUGGACUUGUCCGCGUGUAACAAUCUUAGGAAAAUUGUACUCUGUACACGUGUGAAAUUAUUACCAAAUGCAAUACGAGGUCUUCCUAGACUGGAGACAAUAAGGUUACAAUGCAUUUGUGAUGGAAUAGACUUGUCCGGCUGUAACAGUUUGAGGACUAUUGAACUUGGCCAAUAUUUGACAUUAUUACCAGAUGGUGUAAGUUGCUUACAUAAGCUGGAGGAAAUUACAUUACAUUGCCGUUGUAAUGGGCUGGACUUGUCCUCGUGUAACAAUCUUAGGAAUGUUGUACUCGGUGAACGUGUGAAAUUAUUACCAAAUGCAAUACGUGGUCUUCCUAGACUGGAGACAAUUAGAUUACGAUGCAUUUGUGAUGGACUAGACUUGUCCGCCUGUAACAGUUUGAGGAAUAUUGAACUCGGUGAAAACGUGACACUUUUGCCAAGUGCAUUACGUGAUCUUCAUAGACUGGAUACAAUUAAGUUACGAUGCAUUUGUGAUGGACUAGACUUGUCCGCGUGUAACAUUAUUAAGAAUAUUGAACUCGGUAAACACGUGACAUUAUUACCAAAUGCAAUACGUGGUCUGUCUUACCUGGAAAGCAUUAAUUUAGAAUGCACAUGUAAUGGACUGGGCAUGUCUGCGUGUAACAGUCUUAGGAAGAUUGAACUCGGUAAACAUGUGACAUUGUUACCCCAUCAAUUAUGUAGUCUUCCUAAAUUAGCAGAAAUAAACUUAAAAUGCACAUAUGAUGGGCUUGACUUGUCCGCAUGUAACAGUCUUAAGAAUAUUGUACUCAGUGAAAAUGUGACAUUGUUACCAAAGGCAUUAUGCGGUCUUCCUAAUCUUGAGAAUAUUGAUUUACAUUGCAAAUGUGAUGGACUGGACUUGUCCGCAUGUAACAGUCUUAAGACAAUUGUACUCGGUCACAAUGUGACAUUGUUACCAAAGGCAUUAUGCGGUCUUCCUAAUCUUGAGAAAAUUGAUUUAAAUUGCAAAUGUGAUGGACUGGACUUGUCCGCGUGUAACAGUCUAAAAUAUAUUUCCCUCAGUGAACAUGUGAUAUUAUUACCGAAUGCAUUACGUGGUCUUCAUCUCCUUGAACAAAUUACAGUACAAUGCAUAUGUGAUGGAUGGUACCCCUCCAAGUGUGUAUGUCUUGGAAAUAUAGUAGACGGUGAAAAUGUGAUAUUAUUACAAGAAGACUUAUAUGUUUUACAAGAGCGGGGGCAAAUGAUCAAAAUAGGAAGCAUGCCUAUGGGUCUGGGUUUGCACACCAAAUGGUUUAAUUUUUCCAAAAACUGGGUGGAUUAUGAUCCAGUUGAGAUGGAUUGAACUUGUCCGCUUGUAGCAGUCUUAGGAAUUUCGAACUCGUUAAACAUGUGGCAUUUUUACCAAAUGCAUUUUGUGGUUUACCGGAGCUAAAGAAAUUAUAAUCAAAAUUGAUGGUCUGGACUUGUUAGCUUAUUUCAUUCGUAGGAGCUCGGUACUUGUUAUAAAAGGUUUGGGGAUGCAAAUGUGAUGGCUGCAUGUAAUAGUCAUAAGAACAUUUAACACAGUGAACAUGUGACAUUGUUUCCAAGUUCAGUAAGUGUUAAUCGUAUGCUGAAACAAUUUUAAAAAUGUGAUGGACUUGACUUAUAUGUUUGUCUGCGGUAAACAGUCAUACGAAUAUUGAACUAGGUGAGCAUGUUACAUUUAAACGAAAUGCAAUUCAUCCUUAAAUGCAAAUGUAACAAGGGCUGUUUGUAAAACAUGCAUGCCCCCAUAUGGGCUCUAAGUUGUAGUGACAGCCAUUUUGUAAAUAUGUUUUUUGUCACUGUGACCUUGACCUUUGACCUAGUGACUUGAAAAUCAAUAGGGGUCAUCUGUGAGUCAUGAUUAAUGUACCUAUGAAGUUUCAUGAUCCUAGCCAUAAGCUUUCCUGAGUUAUCAUCAGGAAACCAUUUUACUAUUUCGGGUCACCGUGACCUUGACCUUUGACCUAGUGACCUGAAAAUCAAUAGGGGUCAUCUGCUAGUCAUGAUCAAUCUACCUAUCAAGUUUCAUGAUCCUAGGCAUAAGGGUUGGGGGGUAUAAUGUUGGGUGUGGUAAUUUAUGUUGUUUAAAAAAAAUAUAAUGUGGGGUGUGGUAAUUUAUAAGAGGUUUAAAAAAACUAGUGACCUGAAAAUCAAUAGGGGUCAUCUGCGGGUCACGAUUAAUGUACCUAUGGAGUGUCAUGUUCCUAGGC